UCUAAUUAAUACCCGAUCAAUCAAUAAUCUGUAAAGGACAAGGGCCCGAAGACGACAAAACAAAAUUCGAGAUUUUAAAUAAGGAAAUUCAUAUGUUAAACCGAUGCAUUCGGUGACUACAAAGUUGUUGUAGUUGUCGUUAUAGUCAGGGAGUCGAAAGCGCGCAAAAAAAGUCUCCUUCCCGCAAGAAAACAAUUAAAUAAAGACGAAAGCCCAAAUCAUUUUUUUUCAUGGGCUUCUGAGGAAUAUUUGAAUUGGUCAAUUUAAGCUCAAGCCUGUGCUGCGUGAAUCUCUCUGUGUCUCCCAUCCACAAAAUGGCUAUUGGUGCGACCAAAAUGGUUCUUGGCCUCCUUACAUUCGUCACUGUUGGCAUGUUGAUUGGUGCAUUAUUUCAAUUGGCAUUCAUUCGGCAUUUGGAAGAGUCAUCUGAGUCAGGUUUCCCCUUAUACAGAAGAAAGGUACAUGAAAGUCAAGAAAGAUAUCUCUACCUACCCACAGGAUUUUUACCCUGGGAGCGGGAUGAAGAUGCAAGGAUGCUUCGGAUUGGAUUUGUUAAACCCGAAAUAAUUUCUUGGUCCCCAAGAAUUAUUGUUUUCCACAAUUUUCUGAGUCCUGAGGAGUGUGAUUAUCUGAUUGCAAUUGCUCGACCUAGACUUCGUGUUUCUACUGUUGUGGAUACUAAAACAGGCAAGGGCAUUAAAAGUGAUGUUCGAACAAGUUCUGGAAUGUUUUUAAAUCACGAGGAGAAGAAGUACCCUAUGAUCCAGGCAAUAGAGAAACGCAUUUCAGUCUACUCUCAAGUACCGGCAGAAAAUGGAGAACUAAUGCAGAUUCUACGAUAUGAGAAAGGUGAAUUUUACAAACCUCAUCAUGACUAUUUCUCAGAUGAGUUCAAUAUAAAACGAGGUCAAAGAAUUGCAACAAUGCUCAUGUAUUUGAGUGAUGAUUUACAAGGAGGAGAAACCAACUUCCCUUUGGCUGGAGAUAUGGAGUGUAGUUGUGGUGGCAAGAUGGUCAAAGGUGUAUGUGUGAAACCAAAGAAGGGAGAUGCAAUCCUUUUCUGGAGUAUGGGUCUUGAUGGUUCAGUGGACCCAAAAAGUAUUCAUGGAGGUUGUGAGGUAUCGGGGGGUGUUAAAUGGUCAGCUACGAAAUGGAUGAGAGAGAGGAUUGCCUAACCACGCACUUAUUGCCCUUGCUAAAGUAGUCUGAAAAGUAGUAUAUCUGUAGAAAGGGUGAUGUUUAUCUCCCUUAAGCAUAGAAACUAAAAAGAUAAAUAUUGUAUAGAAGUUCUACAUAUUGGUAGAAAACAUUCUGCAGCUGCAGCGGGAGUAGGAUCAAUAUGAGAUCAUAGUUGCGGAGAUUUGCAACUGAGCAUGUAUUUGCCCAACAUACAAGUAUAUCCAGUGUAUGUAUUAUCUUUGCAAUUCGAGGAAAGCGAAGAGUGAAUGCUGGUGGACUGACAGUAGCAAUAUUUUGUGUUUCUCGACAAACUAUAAUGUUUUCCAAUGGUAAAAAUUUAUGAAUAGAGACUUUAGUAAUAUAUUUGUUGAUGUCGUGUUUAUAAA